CAAUCAAUCAGUUUUUAGAGAGGCCGUUGAUAAAAACAAAUGUGAUCAAACAUUAUCUGAAGUUUGAAGCAAAAACUCGUAUCAUCAUGUUGCCUUAACACAAAGUUUUUUGUUGGUUGCUAUAGCAACAUCACUCAGUUGCACGGGAGGAGACACUGCUGUUCACAAUUGCAGAUGGAGGCCUCUUCACAAAGAACAGCUGGCAGGGGGCUGUGGAACAACCCCAAGGCCACUCCAUACAGCAAGGAGACCCAGGAUAUGCUAAGAUUAAUGAUGCAGGAGUCAAGUCUCACCAACCGCCAGAAAAAACAGAUCAAUGAAUGUCUGAAGAACGGAGCAGCUUUGCCACUGCCCCCUGACCCCACAUCGUCAGAUUCUCCCCCUCAGCCUAAAACCAGUAAAUCUAUCCAGAAACGCCUGCCAGCCAAGCCUCAGAGACGCAGCGCUGAAUCUUGUCAGUCUGGGAACAGCUACGUCAGAGAAAAGUUCCGUCCCGCUCCCACAAGAGACUUAGAGAAAGAGAAGAGGAGGCUUCAGAAUAUACUGGCAACAGGACAAGAGGAGCCCACAGCUGCAUCUUCCCAAAAGGUUCCUGCAUGUUGGAAGCCAGACCUCAUAGAGAGAGACGAGUAUCAGGAAGUUCUGGAUGAGAUAGAGGAGAGAAGACAGUUUCUGGCAGAUAUGGCCUCUCUAGGUCAGGAGAAGCAGUACAUCAACAUCAUCAACAAUGAAAUAUCCCAGAAAAUCAGAGAACUGGAGAUACUGGACAAGGCGCGCAGUUCCAUGAAGGAUGCAGUGACAUCCAAGCGGAAAGAGGAGAGUGCAGAACAGACAGAAAAUGUGGAAGAGACUGACCACUGACUCAAUACCUGGAAAUUACUUGGAAAUGUGGUGCAAGCAAUAUAACAGCAGAACCAUUCAACACAGACUCCUAACACAUGUUCAGGUUAUGAAUUGAUUGAGUGAAGUUCAUUACAAUGAGUGUGAUACAAUACAGCAGUGAAGACAAAACAUGCUGUCAGGCCGUGAAAGCAUUAAAUUGACAAGAAACAAACAUUAUCUAUUUGCAUUAACUUAUUUUAUUUCUCUGCCUUCCAGUGUCAAUAUUUUUAUAUAAUCCUGCUGCUGCUUUAGGACAAUGUAUAGCGCUACAGAAGCCCUUGGUUUCAGCUGGACAAGAAGACAGGCACAGAGCAGAAACAGACACAACAGAGAUUACCAUUUAAAAUGGAGGACAACCAGACAAUCUCAAUGCCAAAACAGGAACAGAAUGCGUAAACAAUAUGGGCAUUUACAUUAGCUAAAUGACGCUAAUCCACAUAUGCAAUUAAAUAAUGGCACUCAUACAGUCUCAAUAUUAACAUGUUUUUUUUUCCAAUUUAAAAAGGCAAAACACUGAAACAAGGAAAAGGCAUAGUAAAAUAUAAAUUAAUGAUUGCAUAUUCAGGUUUCCCCCAAUGGUUAAAACUGUCAUAUACAGUUGUUAAAAUAUCGAAUAUCUGCCUUUUCUAAUAUUCAUUAUUGCAUGUGUGACCUUUCAUAUUAAUAAAACUUUCUACCAGA